GUUCAUUCAGGCUAGUCAAUGGUGCACUCACAUCGCCCAACCACACAUCCCAUCACAUCGCUUUCUGUCAUGACGUAUGCAUGACGUAACCAUCACCUUGAGCGUCUGUCUGCCUCGCCUUGAGAACUCCGCCCGACCAGCCACCCAUCCAUUCCCCCCCCGCCUCUUCAUCUCCGCGCCCCUUCUCCUCCCCUCCCCCGCGCAUGUCGGGCGCCAAGCGCUAUCGCGCGGAGCCCGGGCGGAAGACGGUGCUGCUGGAGGUGGGCGAGUCGCUCCGCCAGGCCGGCCGCACGGGGGAGGCGGGCAGCGGGGGGAUCGGCCGCGCGGGGCCUUCCGCGGGCCGUUCGCGCGGUCGUGCGGGUGGCGGCGAGCGCAAUGCGAAUUCGAACUCACAGCCCGCCGCGGAAGACGCCGCGGACGCGGGAGGGCGCGCAGGGGAAGCGGGGGCCCUGGAGAGCGGGGAAUGGCCGCGCCAAGCGGCGCUGGACGCGGAGCUGCGCGCGAGGAGCGGGCGGGCAAGCGAGGGGGGAAGGGGGACCGGAAGAGGGGCAGGCGGGAGGGGCCGGGGGAGAGAGGACGCGCGGAGAGCGGGGAUAGCGGGCUCGAGGGGGGGAUCGGGCAUGGGAGGCGGAGGGGGCAGCGCGGUUUUACGAGGGUCGGCGGGCGACGCGUCGGUGGAGCGGCUGCAGCGCGAAGCCACCUGCUACAGGCUCUGGGGUGCGGGGGGGACAGCUGACGCCACGUCAGCAGCAGCAGGGGCGGCUGGAGUGGAUGGAGCACGGCCGGCCACGCCUCCGCCGAAGCUGCCGGAGAGGUUCGGGUCGGUGGAGGAGUACGUUCGGGCGUUUGAGCCGCUGUUGUUUGAGGAGGCUCGGGCGCAGGUGGCGAGCAGCUGGGAGGAGAUGGAGGGCGGCGAGGGGGGCGCAGGGGGGAGAGCAGGGGGGGGCAGUGCGACGGUGGGAGUGGCGUCCCUGGAAGAGACAAACCGAGCGGCACCCUCGCUGCAGCCCCCGUCAGCGCCUUCAGUGCUGCGCAUAGCGGGCAUCGGGCGGCGGUGCUACGAGCCCAUGCACGCAGACAGGGGCGCCGCCCGCCCCACCAUCAUCUUCACCUUCCAUGACGCCGCGCUGCCGCCCAGUGUGCCUGUGUCUCUCGUGAAGGAGCUCAAGACCAGGAAGCUUCCGUGCACCUUCACGCCGGUGACAUCCCUGACAACAUCCCAGAGGGAGUUCUCCUCGCUGCACUCCGUGGCGCACCUGCAGCCGCAGAUGCUGGAGGCGGUGCUGCGCCCCGGCCCGCACCUCUUCCCCGACUAUGUCAACGCGCAUCCGCCCGACCUCUCCGCGGUCUUCCCGCCGGCGUUCUGCGCGCACCUGCAGGCGUCCUUCAACGAGCCGCAGCUCCGAGCCAUCCACUGGGCCGCCGCGCACACCGCCGCUGCCACCCCCGCUGGUGCGGGUGGGGGCGCUGGUGCGGCAGGUGGUGGCGGGGGGAGUGGCGGCGGCAAGGGCGGGUGGCCGUUCACGCUGGUGCAGGGGCCGCCGGGGACGGGCAAGACGCACACGGUGUGGGGCAUGCUCAACGCCAUCCACCUCGUGCACUUCCAGCGCUACUACAAGGCGCUCCUCGCCCGCCUCGCCCCCGCCGCCUCUGCCAGCCUGGCACUCCAUGAUCACACCCCCGCCGCGGCAGGAGCAGGCUCGGCCGAGGUGACAGGUCCGGGCGGGGGCAGCAUAGAGGACGUGCUGGAGAGCAUGGAUCGGCUGGUGCCGCGCCCCCAGGCGCGCAUGGCUCGCAAGCCGCGCAUGCUGGUGGUGGCGCCCAGCAACGCGGCGGUGGACGAGCUGCUGGCGCGCGUGCUGAGCAAGGGCUUCCUGGACGGCGAGAUGCGCACCUACCGCCCCGACGUGGCGCGCGUAGGGGCUGAGGCCGCCACUCCCGCUGCCCAGGCGGUGUCGGUGGAGCGGCGGUCGCAGCAGCUGCUGCAGAUGCCGCCGGAGGAGGCGGCACACCAUGUGGCAGCGCUGCGCCACAAGGAGGGCCAGCUGGCGUGCCACAUCAGCGUGCUGCAGCGGCAGAUACGCGAGCUGGCGGCGGUGGAGGAGAGGGAGCAGGUGGGCGUGGAGGUGGGGCGGCUGCUGAUAGCACUGGGGGCGCGGCGGGGCGAGGUGCCGUUUGAGGCAGCGCGGGCGCAGCUGGAGGCCAGCUUUGCAGAGGAGGCGGAGGUGGUCUUCACCACGGCCAGCAGCAGCGGCCGGCGGAUAUUCGCCCGUCUGUCCCACGGGUUCGACAUGUGUGUGUUUGACGAGGCGGCACAGGCCAGCGAGAUGGCGGCGCUGCCACCCCUCACGCUGCGCUGCCAGCGCUGUGUGCUGGUGGGCGACCCGCAGCAGCUGCCCGCCACCGUCAUCAGCCGCCUCGCCUCGUCCAUGGACUACAGUCGCUCACUCCUCGAGCGCUUUCAGCGCGCAGGCUGCCCCACCAUGCUGCUGACCGAGCAGUACCGCAUGCACCCCGCCAUCCGCGCCUUCCCCUCGCGCUACUUCUAUGGCGACCGCCUGUCCGACGCGCCCUCGGUGAUGGGCCGCCCCGACGAGCCGUACCACGCGGACGUGCUGCUGCGCCCGCUGCUCUUCUUCGACGUCAGUGCCGGCCGUGAGUCCCAUGGCGAGCGCUCACUGUCGUACCAAAACACCACCGAGGCGCAGCUUGCUGUCGCGCUCUUCAAGCGCCUACAGGAGGUGAGUGCAGCAGCGGGCGCCACGGGGCCGGUGCCAGUGGGCGUGGUGACGCCGUACCGCCAGCAGCUCAAGCUGCUGCGCCGCUGCUUCGACCAACUCGCCCGCUCCGCCCCCCAGCCCUCCCCGCCCCUCGCUGGACCCCCCCCUGCUGCUGUGGAGCAGGCUCAGGCACAAGAACCAGGACAGGUGCAGCAGCAGCAGCAGUGGGAUCCCAACCAGCAACCAUCUCCAACCUCCCUCCUCAGCGCUGCACUGCCCACAAACCAAACUCCUGCUGCCGCCCCUCCCCCGCCUCCAUCGGUGGCGGCUGCAGCGGCGGGCGGUGCGGCGCUGUACGUGAACACGGUGGACGCGUUCCAGGGGCAGGAGCGCGACGCCAUCAUCCUGUCGUGCGUGCGCGCCUCCACGCGCGGGCUGGGCUUCGUGGCGGACGUGAGGAGGAUGAAUGUCGCCAUCACCCGCGCCAAGCGUGCGCUCUGGAUCCUUGGCAAUGCGGAGUCGCUGCAGCGCUCCCCUGCGUGGGCGGCACUGAUAGACGAUGCGAAGCAGCGCGGAUGCUUCCUCUCCUCCGACGCCUUCGCCCCCACCCUGCUCCCCUCCCUCGCCGCCACUGGCUCCCACCGGACCUCCCCUCCCAGACGCCGCCCUCCCCGCCGCCACUCCCCUCACCGCUCCCCUCUCCGCUUCCCUCCACCUCGCAAUCACUUCCAUUCCAGUGACAGGAGGGGAGAGCAGCGCAGUGGGGACUUUCGAACCAGCAGUGGUGCUGCUGCUAAUGGCACUGACAGCUACACAUCGGGUGGUGGGGUGCAUGGGCACAGGGACGGCCUGGCAGGUGAUGAGGCGUAUGAGCUGGCGGAUGAGGGGGCGCGAAGGCGACCCAGGCAUGAUGGCAUGGGGAGAGGCAGACGCGGACACGGGUAUGGCCAUGGGCAUGGUCACCGGGGUGGGCGCUCCUGCUACAGUGGUCAUGGUGGGUACGGAGGCAGGCACCAGACAGAUUCACAUGGCGUGGGGAGGCAGGAUGAAGGGGAUGCUUUGCCUCCAGGCUUCGAAGGACGGGUCGAGAGAGGACAGGAGAGGGACUGGAAGCGGCAACGGUUGGACAAUUAGAAUAUUGUGAUAUGAUGGUGCCUGAUAAUAUACGGCGCCAAAUUUCUCAUACCUGCAUACUAGUGGAUGGGAUCUCUUGUAAGCCCCCCAUUCAAACUUGCUUGGCAGAAUUGCACAGCAACCCCAUCAUGCCUGUGCGCGCGUUACGAGUCUUAAUUCCUUCUCCU